GAUCGGCGAAUGGAGAUGGAGGAGGAAGUCGCCGAGACGGUGGAGGAGUCGCAGGUGUACAUGGCUUGCAUUAUACAUGGUCACAGAGUUGGAGUAGCAUACUAUGAUGCAAAUACACAUCAACUUUUUGUCAUUGAAUUUUGGGAAGAUGGAAAUGGAGAACUUCCUCUGAUUGAUCUAGUGAAGUAUCAGGUGAAACCAUUGGUCAUAUAUGCCAGCACUAAAACAGAUGAAUUAUUCUUAGCUGCUCUACAGCGAAAUGUUUCUAUUGAAACCUUUGAAGUGAAGCUUAUACGAAGUUCAAUUUUCAGCUAUGAACAAGCAUGGCACAGAUUAGUUUACCUAAGGGUUGCUGGAAUGGAUGAUGGACUUAGCAUCAAAGAGAGAAUAUGCUUUCUUAACUCCAUGAUGGACCUAGGAAGUGAAGUUCAAGUUCGUGCUGCUGGUGGUCUUCUUGCUAUACUAGAGAAUGAGAGGCUCGUAGAUACAUUUCAACAAAAUGAAUGUGGCUAUUCAUCAAUAACAAUUGAUUGCAUGUCACAAAUCUCAUUAGACAAGUUUCUCAAACUUGAUGCAGCUGCUCAUGAGGCAUUACAGAUUUUUCAAGUUGAUAAGCAUCCUAGUGACAUGGGAAUAGGCAGAGCAAAGGAAGGGUUCUCAGUUUUUGGAAUGUUUAAUAAGUGUGUUACACCAAUGGGAAGGAGGCUUUUGAGGGCUUGGUUCUUGAGGCCUAUACUUGACCUUGACAUGUUAAACAACCGUCUGAAUACAAUAUCAUUUUUCCUUUGCUGUGAAGAAGUGAUGUCUGCUUUACGUGAGACGUUAAAGACUGUAAGAGAUGUUCCCCACAUGCUCAAGAAAUUCAACUCACCUAGCUCUUUAUGCACAACCAGCGAUUGGAAUGCAUUUUUGAAGUGCAUUUGUUCGCUGUUGCACAUAAACAAGAUCUUUGAAGUAGGUAUUUCAGAAUACCUACAGGAAAAAUUAGAAUACCUGAAAUUAGACUUAGUGGAGAAGGCAAGUUCCUGCAUUACAAUGGAGUUGGUUUAUGUCUAUGAUCUGGUAAUGGGUGUUAUUGAUGUUAAGCGAAGCAAGGAGAAGGGAUAUGAGACGCUAGUAAAGGAAGGACUAUGUGAUGAAUUGGAUGAGCUGAGAAUGGUUUAUGAACGUCUGCCGGACUUUCUAGAGCAGGUAUCAGCUUAUGAGAAUGCUUCUGUUCCAGUUCAGCAUGGGUGGAAAAAAGCUCCAUCUAUUGUUUAUGUACAUCAAAUAGGAUACUUGAUGUGCAUUUUCGAUGAGAAGCUUAGCGAUGAAACAUUGGGAAAACUUCAUGAUUUUGAAUUGGCUUUUUCAGAAGAUGGAGAUGAGAAAAGGUUCUUUUAUCAUACUCCAAAGACAAGAGAAUUGGACAACCUUCUUGGAGAUAUUUAUCACAAAAUUCUCGAUAUGGAGAGAGCAAUUAUUAGGGAUUUGAUCACUAGAGUACUUAAUUUUGUUCCCCAGCUAAUCAAGGCAGUGAACUUCGCAGCAGAACUUGAUUGCAUUUUAUCAUUGGCAUUGAUUGCUCAUCAAAACAAUUACGUGCGGCCCAUCUUGACUGAGGAUACGUUUCUUGAUAUAAAGAAUGGCAGACAUGCUUUGCAGGAGAUGACUGUUGAUACUUUUGUCCCCAAUGACACAAAAAUACUUGAUGAUGGAAGGAUAAAUAUCAUUACUGGUCCUAACUAUUCAGGAAAAAGCAUAUAUGUCAAGCAGGUGGCUUUGGUGGUUUAUCUUUCUCAUAUUGGAAGUUUUAUACCAGCUGAUUCUGCAACUAUUGGGAUCACUGAUAGGAUAUUCUGUGCUAUGGGAAAUAAGCCUAUGACCACUGAACAAUCUACUUUCAUGAUUGACCUUCAUCAAGUCGGCAUGAUGCUUAGGCAAGCGACAUCUCACUCCUUGUGUUUGAUGGAUGAGUUUGGUAAGGGAACUCUCACAGAAGAUGGAAUUGGGUUGCUCGGUGGAGCUAUUAAUCAUUUUGCAAACUAUGAGCAUCCCCCAAAGGUACUGUUGUGUACACAUUUGACAGAGAUAUUUGACAAGGAUUGCUUACCACAGUCUGAAAAUAUCAAAUUUUACACGAUGAGUGUUCUGAAAACUGAUAACAAUUGCACGAGCACUGAAGACAUCAUUUUUCUAUAUAGGCUUGUACCUGGACAAGCACCCUUAAGCUAUGGACUUCAUUGUGCUAGGCUUGCUGGGGUCCCAGAAGAGGUUGUUGAAAGAGCAGCUGAUAUUUUGGAGAUGGUCAAGACUAGAAGGCCAAUUUACCGUUUCGUGAACCAGACAUUAUCGGCUAAAGAUCACCAAUACCAGGAUGCGGUUGCAAAAUUGUUGGCUUUUGAUACUUAUAGAGGUGAUCUAAAGACAUUCUUCCAUGAUAUCUUCCCUUCAGAAUCAUAGUCUUAUUCAGCAAAAAGGAGUUUUAGUACUACAAAUAACUAAAUGUGUAUCUGUUUGAAAAUAUAUUGUUCCUGACCUUUGCAUAGGAAGAACUCGUGAUUAUU